AUGAAUAAACCAACUUCCUUACUAGUAUUCUUCGCGUUUCUGAUAGUCUCUCCUAAUGUUCUUCUCCCUAUACUGCAACCGCCUGUGACGGCGGCUGCUCUGCCUCUCUAUACCAAUUCACGUUGGAUUGUCGAUGAAACAGGGCGAAGAGUGAAACUGGCAUGUGUGAAUUGGGUUUCACACCUUAAACCGAUGGUGGCCGAAGGUCUCAGUAAGCAACCUUUGGAUGUCAUCUCAAAGCAGAUCGUAUCGAUGGGAUUCAAUUGUGUUCGUCUUACUUGGGCAGUGUUCAUGGUCACCAACCACUCCUUAGCCUCCAUGACCGUCCGCCACUCAUUUCAAAGCCUUGGCCUCCUCGAUUCCCUUGCCGGGUUCCAGCUAAACAACCCAUCUCUGCUUGAUCUUCCCCUCAUCAAAGUUUUCCAGGUGGUGGUAUCUAACCUUGCGAACAACAAUGUGAUGGUGAUUCUCGACAACCACGUUAGCAAGGCCGGUUGGUGUUGCAGUAAAUGCGACGGCAAUGGCUUCUUUGGUGAUCGUUACUUCAACCCAGACCUAUGGCUUCAAGGGUUAACUGCAAUGGCGACCAUGUUCAACGGCACUACCAAUGUGGUUGGCAUGAGUCUAAGAAAUGAACUUCGGGGAUUCAACCAAAACACAAGAGAUUGGUACAGGUACAUGCAAAAAGGAGCAGAAACAGUUCACGCAGCAAAUCCAGAUGUUCUUGUUAUACUCUCUGGGUUAAGUUUCGACAACGAUUUGUCGUUCCUCCGUAAGCAACGGGUGAAACUAACAUUUAAUGGAAAGCUAGUAUUCGAGGUUCAUUGGUACGCAUUCACGAACGGAAAUGUUUGGGAGAGUGGAAACCCUAAUCAGGUAUGUGGAGGAAUAGUGAAUAAUGUGAUGAAGAAGGCUGGGUUUCUACUAGAACAAGGAUGGCCGUUAUUUGUGAGUGAGUUUGGGGUGGAUCAAAGGGGUACGAACGUGAAUGACAAUAGGUUCUUGAAUUGCUUCUUUGGUGUUGCAGCUGAAUUGGAUUGGGACUGGGCUUUGUGGUCACUAGUUGGGAGUUACUACAUGAAAUCAGGGGUGUUUGGGGUGGAAGAGGUUUAUGGCAUGUUGGAUUAUGAUUGGUCUCAUACUAGGAAUUCAAGCUUCUUACAAAGACUUUCUACUCUUCAAACUCCUUUUCAAGGACCAGGGGUUUCUGAUGUAAGGCCAUAUAAAGUACUUUUCCAUCCAUCAACCGGACUUUGUGUUCAGAGAGAGGUAUUAAAAGAAGAGACAGUAAUAAGUUUAGGGUCUUGCUCGGAGUCUGAAGCAGCUUGGAGCUACACAACUCAAAAGACUUUGGAGCUGAAAGAGACAUAUUUCUGCUUACAAGCUGAUGAUGGCAGCUUGGGUAAACCAGCAAAACUUGGAGUCUUCUGUUCAGAUGAUACCUCAAAAUGGGAGAUGAUAUCGGACUCCAAAAUGCACUUGUCAUCUAAGCUCAUCAAUGGAAGCAGAGUGUGUUUGGAUAUUGACUCUAACAAUGCCGUGGUCACUAAUCCUUGCAAAUGCUUGAGUAGAGACCAUACUUGUGAUCCUGGGAGCCAAUGGUUCAAGAUCAUUGAUAGCACAAGGGCCACAGGGAACAAACACAAGAAAAGUAGUUGA